AUGAACUAGGUAAGGAAAUUGGCCAAGGCACAUAUGGUACUACUUACCUAUGUCGACACUUAGUAACCAAUGAAACUCUAGCUUGCAAGGUCAUCUCAAAGGCUAAUAUUACAACCCAGGUAAUUUUAUAAUAAUAAAUUAUACUAAUUAACUAUAUUAUGUAAUUAAAUAAUAAUAAUAAUAACAAUGUAUCCUUAUAUAUAUAGGAGAAAAUCGAGAAUAUAUAUCGUGAGUUGACCAUCAUGAUGACAUUGUCGGAUCACCCAAACAUUGUGAAGCUAAAGGCAUUUCGUGAAGAUGAAGACUUCUUUUACUUUAUUAUGGAGCUUUGUGAGGGAGGCGAGUUGUUUGAUCGAAUUGAGGCUAAAGACUACUUGACCGAGGCAGAGGCAGCCCCUGUGGCUAAGAUGAUAGCCAAGGCAAUUUGUAUGUGCCAUGUGGCUGGGGUCAUACAUAGAGAUUUGAAGCCCGAAAACUUUUUGUUCCUUAACAACCAAAAAGACUCGCCUCUCAAACUCAUUGAUUUUGGAUUUUCUGUGUUUUUUAAGCCUAAUCAAAGGUUUUCAGAUAUAGUGGGGACUCUGUCUUAUGUAGCUCCGGAAAUGUUGAGCCAAUGGAAGCGUCAUGGACCAGAAGUGGAUAUUUGGAGUGCUGGAGUUAUCAUUUACAUUAUGUUAUGUGGUCAUUUCCCAUUUUAUCUUGAUUCAGAUUUAGAUUAUGAUAAAACUACUCAGACAACUUGUGCUAUUUUAAAAGGAGACAUAGACUUUGAAACACAACCGUGGCCUCAAAUUUCUGAGAGUGCUAAGAGUCUUAUUAGGCAAAUGCUAGAGCGUGAUCCAAAAAAGCGUUUGACUGCUCAACAAGUGCUUGGUAAUUACUAAUCUAUGCAUAUAUAUUUUUUGUUUUGUAAUGUGUCUUUCUAAUUAAUUUUAUUUUCAUAAUUAACUUUAUUAAUAUUGGUUAUUAUGUUUAUUAUUGCAGAGCACCCUUGGAUUCGAAAUGCAUAAAAGUACCAAAUGAUACUACUUUUCUUUUUGGUCUAUCCAUGGCAUGGAUAAUAAAGAGUUCAAUUCAAGAUGAUGAAGACGAAAAUAUACUCAUAUCUUAAUUAAUAAUCAUUUACUGUUAUGUAUAUUUAUA